AUGGCUGCGACAGCACAUUCAGAGGGCUCAGGGUCAGCUUCCCACGAAAUAAAUCCACAAGGUGUGCAUGAACAAGUUCAGCAACUGCCACAAAAGACACUAACGUCAGCGACAUCGCAGAAUGUGGUUCAGAACAGCCGAGAAAGCGUCAAUGAGAAGCCCAUAUUGUCACCAUCACAGUCUGAGAGUAAGGUGGACAUUGAAACAGAAGAUCCCGUGUAUACAGAUAUUGAGUGGACUGACAGUUUGAGCAUUAGUCAGUGCACCAUUCGCCUUUCUCAGAUCCUUGAGGAGCUUCUUCGAGGAAAGCCGGACGACUCAGUCAAAGAAUUCUAUGAGCAAGCACUCAAAAGCGUUACACAAGCCAUUCCCCAGCCGCUGAAGGCGUUCACUCAGUAUUAUCCGCGGAAUUAUCUUUCAGAGAUCCUAAUGGUCAACUAUGCUGACCUUGUAAAGUUUUGCUCACUGUACCUCAACUUAUCACUCUCAUCGCAGGUCACCAAAUUUGUCGUGAACCUAUUCUACAGUCUCGAGUGCUGGGAAAUUUAUCACCUUCUACAUAUGAUUCCCAAUCUUGAUUACUUUUUGCUGCUCAUUGAUAUUGAGGUGACGGAGACUCCCUUUGGGCAUAUUGUGUCUCCUCCGGAGAACUAUAUGGGUUUUAAUCUAAGACAAGGCUUUCAAUAUCCUUUUCCUUUCCCAUUCUACAACUUUUCUUAUCAUACAAUGAAUCCAGACGUGAUAGACCAGAAAUACCAGCGACUUCGCAUUGACAACUACAUCGAUAUACGCUUAAACAAAAUGCAAGCAAAGAAGAAACAAAAGGUUCGCCCACCGAAAUCCAACGAGAUCGUGACGACUUUUAUUCAAGAGUCACCCUCUGGGCGUCAUAAACCAAUUACGUCGACAGUUGUUCUGAAACGAAAGCAAUUUACCUUCCAUGAAAUGACUGCGAAGGAAAUAGACAAAGAGGGUAAAGAAUUGGCUGAGAACGAUGACGAUGAGGGGUAUAAUACAGAUGAGGCAGAAAAGAUGACGAGAGAGGAGAUCGAGGCCGUCCAAAAGGAGCUCCUGUCAAAAUCAGAGCAAAGAUUUGUCCCAUCAAUGCACUCAAGAUUGAUGCAAAAGUCUUCAGCUGGCAAGCAUCUAAACAAAGCCAUGGUUGUCAGUCCUUCAACAAAAUAUCAUACCCUCCGCAAUGUGCUUCCCGGGCAACCGCCUCAUACAUUCACCUUAGGUGGAAUACCACCGACAACUCAAUUGCCAGGGAAGUUUGGGCCAUCUUUACCUUCACAAACACAAGAGCCGGUAAGUACAUCAACAGGUUCAGAUGCUCAACGACAAUCACCUGCUAUGAGACCUCAGCCUAAAAGACCGGUACCAGAACAUACACCACAAGGCUCGAAUCCUGACGAUGCCACCAAGAUUCUACCGCAGCCACCUUCAUUUAUCUCGAAGGCUCCAGUCCCAGCAUCUGUUCAAUACCCACCACAGUAUGACCCAGCAAGGCUGCCUUACUUCGAUCCAUCAAUGAGGCAAGUUGGAGCGCAUUAUUCACUGCCUCAAUUUCAGACAUUUGCAUCCUUACCACCACCAUCGAUAGUAUCGCCACCACAGAAUGAAGAUGGACAAGAGGGAAGUCCACAAAUUCAGCAGUUUAGCUUUCAAGGGGGAUACCCGCCCCCUCCUCCAUACGGCCUACCAAUGUAUGGCCCUGAUGGCAGAAUGUAUGUGCAGAUGCCUUUUCCACAAACAUUCAACCCUCAAUUGGGACCACGGCCUCAAGGAAUUCAGGGUCAGCAUUCUCACAGUCCACAAUUUCAGCACCAGCACCACUUUCAACCCAUGGGCCUUCAGUUUAUGUCGCCUCAUGGGUAUCAACAACGCUCACAACAACAACAGCAACAUGCAUCACCUCUGUCUCGCUCAAGCCAGCAAGAGCUGACACAAUCUCCUCAAGGAAUCCAUAGAAAAGUGCCGCAAGGGCAAGAAGAAGAGCCGAACCUAGGAGUUUAA